GAAGAGGGGAACAGAGAAAAAUAGGGAGGAGUAAUCUCUCUCUCUCUCUCUCUCUCUCUCUCUCUGGUUCUCUUAAAUCUUUGCAUUUGAUCUUGAAUUCCAUUUUGCGGAUUUCACUUUCCUUUGAAAUCCAUUUUACUCUUCUUCUUGAUUCGCACUGUGAAUCGCAUGGGUGCAGCCAACACCUGGGACGCCAUGGAACUUGCCGACCGAGCUUGCCAAGAUCAUGGCACUCACAUUCUCUCCUCCUCUCUCUCGAUCGAUCCGUCCCUUUCUCCUCCUGAAAUGAAUCCUCGCAUCAUCGAGCUUUGCAAGGAUAUGUUCAAGCAGUGGUCAAAUUUGGAUGAUUCUUGCUUUGAUAUUGAGACAGUUUCUGGAGGCAUUACAAAUUUGUUACUCAAGGUUUCGGUGAAGGAAGAAAAUGGUAAUGAUGUCUCUAUAACCGUCAGAUUAUAUGGACCAUAUACUGAGUAUAUCAUCAAUCGUGAACGGGAAUUGCAGGCCACCAAAUACAUCUCAGCUGCAGGAUUUGGCGCUAAAUGGCUUGGAAUUUUUGGAAAUGGCUUGGUGCAAUCUUUUAUCAGUGCACGUACUCUAUCUCCAUCAGACAUGAGGGAGCCAAAGUUGAUGGCUAAAAUUGCAAAACAAUUGAAAAGAUUUCAUCAGUUGGAAGUUCCAGGUUCUAAGGAACCUCAAUUAUGGAAUGAUAUCUUCAAGUUCUUUAAGCAAGCUUCUGCUCUUGAAUUUGAUGAUGUUGAGAGGCAGAUGACUUAUAAGACAAUUUCAUUUCAGGAAGUCCACAAUGCAAUUUUGGAGCUCAAGGGGUUGACUGAUCGGCUGACUUCUCCUGUGGUUUUUGCUCACAAUGACUUGCUCUCUGGAAAUAUAAUGAUUAAUGAAGUGGAAGAUAAGCUUUACAUCAUUGAUUAUGAGUAUGCAUCGUACAACUUUAGAGGCUUUGACAUUGGAAACCAUUUUGCGGAGUACGCGGGGUUGGAUUGUGACUACAACUUAUAUCCAAGUAAGGAUGAACAAUAUCAUUUUUUUAGGCAUUACUUGCAGCCUGACACACAUGAGGUAGCUGAGGAAGAUCUCUUUAGGCUCUAUGUUGAAGCAAACACAUAUUCAUUAGCCUCUCACGUUUUCUGGGCUUUGUGGGGGUUGAUUCAGGCGAAGAUGUCUCCGAUCGAUUUCGAUUAUCUUGGUUAUUUUUUCCUGCGGUACAACGAGUAUAAAAGACGGAAGGAAAAGUAUUUCUCACUGGCUAAAUCCUACCUCUCAGGAAGCAUUUGUGCGUAGAUUGUUGUGUUGUAAUCACACUAUUAGGGUUUUCUUUGUCUUGUUUGUAGCAUGAGGUCCUUGAUUCAUGUAGUUAGAUUAGAUAUUUGUGUAAAAUGUCUUUUGUAUCUGCUUAUGGAAAUAAAAACAAAUUUUAGACAAAUAGACCUUUAGGGCCAUUUGUGGUUGUC